UUACAAAAAAAGAAAGAAAAGAAAAACAUGACAAUGCUAGCACUUAUUGGUCUUAUUCUAACAAUCUCAUGCAGCUUGCACGCGUUCACACUGAAUGUGUACGCGAGAAAGCAAGGCUACGUUGCGGAGGAAGCGCAACAUCUUCAGUGGGAAAGAAAAUGUCGCGAAGCUCCAAUUGUACGUCCAAGAUCUCCGGAUCGGAAACCCUAACGCCACCAUGUUCGAGGUGGCGAAAUCCUCCAUCACCGAUACGUCUCCGUACGGCUUCGGCAGCAUCCACUUUCUCGACGACCUGAUCACGGAGGAGCCAGACAUCAACUCCCGGCCGCUCGGCCGCGUCCAAGGGCUCACCACCAACGCCGACCUCUUGACGUACGGCGUCCACUUGAACCUCAACUUCUACUUCACGGUGGGGAAGUUGGCCGGCAGCACACUCAGCAUCCUCGGCCGAAAUCAGAUAAUGGACGACCAACGGGAGUUCCCGGUGGUCGGCGGCACCGGCAGUUUCCGAUUUAGUCGUGGAUACGCAAUCCAGACCACCUACUCUAUGGAUUCCGCCACCGAUUACGCGGUGAUGAAAUACACCAUUUACGCCACUUACAACUCUAAGCUUGGUGAGAGUGAUGCUGUUGAGAUUGCUCAAAUGUGA